UUGCGAGGACAAGUGUUCGUCUUAGUCGCAUGGCGACAACCUUUGCUCAGCGCCAAGCCAUGUCUACGCUGAACAAGCAGGCCAAGCCGCGCACAUCCCGGCUGCGCCAGAUCAAGCGCGCAGUAUACGCCGUCGGACUCAGCACGGCAGGAUUUAUGGGCUGGAGCAUGUACACGACCCGCAACCCGAGCGACCAAAUGCCGUUUGACCCGUCAAAGAAGACUCUGGUUCUCUUGGGCACAGGGUGGGGCAGCACAACUCUGCUCAAAAACCUCGAUACAACCAACUUUAAUGUCGUUGUUGUAUCUCCGCGCAACUACUUCUUGUUCACACCGCUGCUGCCCAGCUGCACUGUCGGCACUAUUGAGAACCGCUCGAUCAUGGAGCCCGUGCGUCUGCUGACGAGGCAUAAGGAGCGCGAGGUCAAGUUCCUGGAGGCUGCGUGCGUUGAUAUCGAUGUUGAUGCCAAGCAGCUGGUGCUCGAGCGCCAUACCAACUCGGACGCGAUCCUGACUGGUAAGGGUAAGGUGGACGAAGAGCCGUUCAAGCUCAACUACGACUACCUGGUCGUAGGUGUUGGUGGCACUGUCAACACAUUCGGCACUCCAGGUGUCGAGGAGCAUGCCUGUUUCCUGAAGGAGAUGGCCGAUGCGCGCCAGAUCCGUCGUCGUCUUAUGGACACUGUCGAGAAGGCGUCGUUCGAUGAUGUUACCGAGGCCGAGCGCGACCGUCUGCUGCACAUGGUCGUCGUGGGUGGCGGGCCAACGGGCAUUGAGUACGCUGGAGAGCUGCACGACUUUAUGGAGGACGAUCUUUCCAAGUGGUACCCAGAGCUGGUGGAUCGCGUGCGGAUUACGCUUGUUGAGGCUAUGCCCAAUGUGCUGCCGGCGUUUGACAAGAAGCUGAUUACUUUCACCCAAGACACGUUCAAGGAGAACAACAUCUCGAUCCUGACACGUACCAUGGUCAAGGAGGUUAAGGAAAAGACGUUCAUUGUACAGAACCCGGACGGCACGAGGUCGGAAAUCCCUUACGGACUGCUGGUGUGGGCUACGGGAAUCAAGGCGCAGCCUAUCACCAACAAGAUUCGCCAGAAGUUCCCAGAGGUCCAGACUAACGGACGUGGUCUCUUGGUUGACGAGUACUUGCGGGUCAAGGGUGCUAAGGACAUUUGGGCGCUCGGCGAUUGUGCUGUUUCGUCAUAUGCUCCGCUGGCCCAGGUCGCCUCGCAGCAGGGCAAGUGGUUGGCGCGUAAGUUCAACCAUCUGUCGAAUGAUGACCUCAUCACCGACCUGUUUUUGCAGAUGAACGCAAAGACUCGUCCGUUCAAGUACUCGUCGCAGGGAUCGCUGGCUUACAUCGGAAGCGAGAAGGCUAUUGCUGACCUCCCCUUCUUCAACCGCAACAUUACUGCUGGUGGAGUGGCCACCUUCUGGUUCUGGAAGUCGGCCUACCUCAGUGAGCUGCUGUCGCUUAGGAACAGAACACGUGUUGCCAUUGACUGGGCCAGCAGAUGGAUGUACGGAAGAGAUCUUAGCCGCGAGUGA